AUGGUCGACCAAGCUGCCAUCUUAGACUCAGAUAUCGUCGAUGGUCUAAGUGUGAGAUACCUAAAGAUUUUCGGCUUGUGGCAAGUCAUCAACGACUACAGAACUACAGGGAAGAGAAACGCUAUUCUUAAAUUUAAGGUUAUAGCAACACUCCUUCUUACAGCACCUUACAUCUUCUUUCAAUAUCUUAGCUAUUGGAUGAUAGAAGUUGACAUACAGAAGGCUACAUUUUUAAAUUUGCAAUCUCUUCCAGCAUUGCAGAUAUGUUGUAAGGUUCUUCUUCUUUGGUUUCGAAUAGAUAGCCAGUGCAGGUUGUACGAUUUGGUAAAGAAGGAUUUCAUCAGAAUUCCGAAAGCUAAAGAACAAGUUGCGAAAGAUAUUUUUUCUAAGAUGACAUCGGAAUGCAACAGACUUUGCUCAGCUGCUUUUCUCAUAAAUGCAAGUAUGGUUAUCUUGAAUAUAGUUGAUCCUGGCAUUUCUGUUGAUUACAUUAUGUACCACACUGGAAACAUGCACGCAAUUACAACAGGCAGAAAAAAGAUCUUCGGUGGCUGGUAUCCGCUUCCUAUAGACAAAUAUCCUUAUUACGAAGCUAUAUUUGUUUAUGAAAUAUUACUUAUUCUAUGGGGAGGAAUAUUUUUGGCCGUUUACGUUUGCCUUUUUUACCAAGUCCUGAUGUGUCUUUACGCACAGUUUUCUGUACUAGCUUUACAUGUAUCGACACUGAAAUGUAGCUCUGUAGAUGGUGAUAAUGAGACAGGAUAUUCCAGCUCUAAUCUUUACAAGGAACUUUAUGAAGUAAUUCAGGAGCAUCAGAAAAUUUUAAGGUAA